UUUUUUUUUUUCAACACACAACUAUAACUCACCCGUUAUGAGUAACCAAAUUCAAGUGUUGCAAGCCGAUCUUAGAAAUGCGACAGUAAAGGAAAUUAGUGAUUGUAUGAGAGCGGUCAAUGAGACACUGGGCACUCAACAAAAGCUCGUAGUUUCUGGAAAAAAGGAGGAUAUAAUCAAUAGGUUCUGCGCCUAUAUUGGUAACCUUCUCAUAAACAAACGAACUACCAGCCUCUCAAAUGUCGUUAAAAUCGUCAAUGAAACAGCACCCAGAAAGCUAUCAUGGGAAUACGAAGCAGACCCGAUAAAGAUUACAGUACAAAAAGCUAAACGCGCCACUACUUGUGCUCAAUCUAUUAAUCAAAUAAGCUUCGUUCCAAGCCCGUUUAUUAAGCCUGUCUGUCGAUUAACCUCGAUCAAAGUUUGCCCAGUGGCUGGACAAGCCAGACAAUCCAGAUCGUUCUCUUUCACCUUGACUGAAGAGAAUCGACGAUUACUGGCCACGCACAAUGCUGUCGAUGAAAGGCCUCCAUACCAAAUUCGCUUUUACUGCGCAAAAUAUACAGGCGCCACUGAGCAGUUACAGCUUGAGUUCCCUGGUAUAUGUGAAUUGAAAAUCAAUGAGAAUGUUAUCCCUGGACACAGUUUACGAUGUUUAAAGAGCAAACCCGGUACAGUCAAUCCACCUGACCUGAGUAUCAUGAUUAGAAAGUCUGCACAGAAUAACAUCGAGUUAAUUUAUAUCAACAGCGAAUUCCCAUUCAUCGCCAGCGCCUAUAUUGUCGAAAGGACGCCAGUGCAAACGCUAAUUGAUACAAUGAAAAGUACACGGGUCUUGUCUAAAGAACAAGUGUUGAAGAAAUUGCAGGAAGUCCAAGAAGAUGCGGAUAUUUCAAUGGAGUCAGAGACAGUGUCAACCAAGUGCCCUCUUGCCUUUACGCGUAUUGUCACACCCAUCCGAUCCAAGUCUUGUAAUCAUCUUCAGUGCUUUGAUGCAACUACAUUCUUAACUAUGAAUGAACAAACACCUACUUGGUCAUGUCCUGUAUGUCAGCGACGGAUCGAGACCUGGGAAGACCUAAUCGUAGAUGAGUUCUUCUCGCAAAUGUUAGUUAAUACUCCCAAACACAUUGACAGCGUACGUGUCGAGCCUAGCGGUGUUGUCACUAUUAUCGAUGAAAAUCCAGAUCUGGCGGAAGAGGAGUCCGAAGAGGAAGAAAUCCCAGAGAUUAAACCCGAACCUGAAGUGACUAUUUUACUGGAUGACGACGAUGACGAAGAAGGGGCCAAUAUUUCCACCGCAAACAAUUCUAUACCCGUACCCGUCGCCGCUGCAUCACCUACAUCCGGUGCCAAAAGGGCAUUUUCCCCAGAACUAAUUGACCAAUCACAACAACAGCAAUCCCGCAAAAAACAAAAAUCAGAUGUAAUCGAUUUAACUUUGGACAGUGAAGACGAAAGUGAUGACACAGGGAUAAAGUCCAGAUCUUCAAGGUAAUUGUUUAUAGUGUUUAAACAAAGGUCACAUGUGUCUAAACUUAAAUUAUGCCCAUCAUGUGACCAGCAAACCCAUCUUCUAAUAAAGCAUAUUACAUAAUACUCCAUUACAGUAUCUUUAGUGAAUCAUCAGAAUUUUUAAUAUUGCCGCACCAUGCAACGUUGUAUGGUAGAAGCACAAUUAACAAUAUAGGUCAUGCAGACUAUCUUUCAAAUUGAAAUAAAUAGAUUGCAAAUAUUUUCG